AUGCAAUCGAUAAAGUCUCUCAACGUAUCUAUAGCACGUACUUUUCCGGCUAUCUUGCAUUUUCAUCACGGGCGGAUCAUCAUGCCAUUUGCGCAGCUAGUGAUAGGGCCUCCCGGCGCGGGAAAGUCGACAUAUUGCAAUGGCAUGCAUCAGUUCCUUGGGGCAAUUGGGCGCAAAUGUUCGAUCGUGAAUCUGGACCCCGCAAAUGAUAAAACGUCAUACCCAUGUGCGCUGGAUGUUCGCGACCUGGUUACGCUCGAGGAAGUAAUGAGUGAAAACAACCUGGGUCCUAAUGGCGGUAUACUGUAUGCACUAGAAGAACUUGAGGAGAACUUUGACUGGUUGGAGGAGGGCAUGAAGGAACUUGGAGAUGACUAUGUUCUAUUUGACUGUCCAGGUCAGGUCGAGAUAUUUACGCAUCACUCUUCCUUACGAAAUAUUUUCUUCAAGCUCCAAAAGAUGGGAUAUAGAUUAAUUGUAAUACAUCUAAUUGAUUCAUACAACCUCACUCUACCUUCUAUGUACAUAUCCGCCCUCAUCCUCUCCCUCCGCGCCAUGCUCCAGAUGGACCUUCCCCACCUCAACGUCCUCACCAAGAUCGACAAUCUCUCGAACUACGCUCCGCUCCCUUUUAAUCUAGACUAUUACACGGAAGUCCAAGACCUUUCGUAUCUGCUGCCGCACCUGGAAGCGGAAUCAUCUCGACUUUCGCAUGAUAAGUUCGGGGCCCUCAAUCAGGCCAUUAUAGACCUCGUUGAAGAUUUCGGACUCGUUGCAUUCGAAACGCUAGCUGUCGAAGACAAGAAGAGCAUGAUGAGUCUGUUACAUGUUAUUGACCGUGCAAGCGGGUAUGUGUUCGGACCUGCUGAAGGUGCAAACGACACCGUCUGGCAAGUUGCCGUCCGGGAUGGCCUAGGAACGAUGGAUGUUCGAGAUGUACAGGAACGCUGGCUAGAUGCCAAAGAUGAGCAUGAUGAACAGGAAAGGCAACAGUUGGAAGCAGAGGCCAAAGCACGAGAUGAAGAGGCUGGUGCUACCAAACCCAGUGCUGGCUACGAGGACGACGACGAGUACGACGAUCUUGGCAGGGGAUUCAUACCAGACAGCGGGGUGAAAGUUGUACGAAAGUCAUGA